GGUUAUUUUUGGAGAGAAGGCAUAAGGUGCGUGGGAGUGGGAAAAGAUAGAGCAAAAAAAAAACUGGUCCUUUCAUCAGGUGGGGGUAGUUGUAUUGCACUGGCCCUUUCUUUCAAAGAAAAAAAGAUUCCCACUCUCUUUGGUCUCUUCUGCCUUUUCUCCCCCUUUCUCUUCUCCUCUUCUUCUUCUUCUCUAUCAAAUUACUAUUUUUACUGUAGCAUUCAUCUUCUUCAUAUUCUUCUCUACUUAUUUUUUUAUUAUUACCAAAAUCCCCCAAAUUAAAUUCUCCUUCGAGUAAAUAUAACCACAUAUAUAUAAAAAUUAUUUGUUUGGGAAUUUUUGGUAUUAUUGAUCUAAUGAUGACAGGUCCAAAUAUGGCUACUAUUACAGCUUCUCUCCAAAAUUGUUCGCUGAGUAAUCAUCAUCAGCGGGGCGGCACCAGCCGCAACAGCGCGGGUAUCGCCCCGCCAGAUGGAAUUUCCGAUUCAUCGGAAAAUAUCAACACCAACACCAACUUCAAUAAUAACAACAAUCCUUCAAAUGAUGCUACUGUGGAACUCAAUUCUGAAACUGCUCUUCCAUACCAUUGGGAACAAUGCCUUGAUUUGAAGACAGGGGAAAUUUACUAUUUGAACUGGAGGACAGGGAUGAGAGUGAGUGAAGAUCCAAGGACAAAUGUUGUUGCAACAGAAGAAGUGUACUCAGAAGAAGACUAUGACAAUGACGAUGACGAUGACGAUGAUGAUAACAACUCUUAUGAUAGUGAAGCAACUUAUUCAGAAGAAAUGCCAUCAUUUUCAUCUUCAAGAGCUGAAACUACAAUACCACAAAUCAAUAUUCUGACUACUGAGGCUUUAAGGAGAGCAGCACCACCAUCAGCACUAGCAGCACCAGUACUAGUAUUGGGUGGAUGCAAGGCUUGUUUGAUGUAUUUCAUGGUGCCAAAAGAAGUUGAUGAUUGUCCAAGAUGUGGUAGACAACUUCUUCACUUUGAUCAAAAUUGAAGGAAGGAUAAAAAUUAGAAGAACAUGAUGAGAUACUAUUUGUUUUGAAUUUUAUUUUUAUAUUUUUCUUUUGAUAGAAGUUUGUUUUCGUUGGUAGUAGUUUGUUAAUGUGUUUUUUCUUCUUUAAGGAAAGACAAACCAACCAUUAUUUUAUAAACAAUAUUUAUCGUGUGAUUUUCUUCUUCUA